AUGCAGGUCACAAUUAUACCAGCAAGCACAAACACAGGUGCAGCGACCAUAAGGUCGUUACUCUCUAAACCCGUUCAAAUCCGUGGGGUCUACAGGGAUCUUUCUAAAGUCCCAGCUACAUUUCUUGCGCAGCCCAACUUUUCUGCCAUCGAGGGUGAUAUUUCAAAAAAAGGCUCGUUUAGCCUUAAGGAAUCUGAUGCUAUUCUAGCUAUUAUGCCUCCAGUCUUCGACGGUCAAGAUCCAGUUCAACAGGCAGAAAGAGCAUCAUUGAACAUCAAAACUGCAAUCGAAAUGGCUGGUGAUAUUAAAAAGGUUGUUCUGCUCAGCAGUGUCGGAGCUGAAUUUAGCGAGGGUGUUGGUGAAAUCAAGACAAAUAACAGAUCAGAGGAAGUAUUUCGUGGUACUGAAGUCGAACACCUUGUUUUUGUUCGAUGCUCCUAUUUCAUGGAGAAUUGGACUAUCAACCUCGACCCUCUAAGAGGCCCAGAUCCAUACUUCUUCUCAACAAUUACGCCCACAGACUAUGAAAUACCAAUGGUCUCCAUAUCCGACGUCGGAGCUACUCUUGCAGAACAGCUUCUUGAUUCAAAGCCACCUCCAGAAAAACCAUACAUAGUCGAGUUGCAUGGUCCUCGGAGAUAUAGCCCACUUGACGCGCGAGCAGCAUUCACCCGAGCUCUUGGAAAGAAAGUUGAGUUGCAGGCCAUCGAAAGGGACCAUCUUCACCAGUUCUACGCGCAAUGUUUCCCUCCCAGCAUUGUGGAUUAUUGGGUUGAAAUGGCGGAAAGUAUACUCCCAGAGGGCAAAUUGGGAACAAAGUAUUUGCAACAGGCACGUGCUCCUGUUAUUUAUGGGCAUACUGACCUGGCAACUGUCAUUGAGGAGAAUUGCAGAGAAUUCUCAGAAAGUGCUAAGUAG